AUGAAAGACCAUGUUUGCUCUGUGCACGAGCCGGUGUCGAUUGCCAACAGCUGCCUUCAAGCCGGACUCCCACAAGCAGGGCCCGAAAAGCCACUGCGCGGAAGUAAUCAGCGUCAUAUCCCACAACCUAAUCGCAAUUCGCAUCUUGGAAGUGGUCGAGCCCCCGCUCGCAAUUUAUCUGGUGGGCUUCGGUCUGCAGAUUCCCCUGCUAGGAUAGACCAGCCCGCUGUCUCUUUAAAUACGGGAAUCCUUUCUCCACCAAUUCAUUGCGAUGAAGCCCAAUCCGCCCUAGGAAUCGCUCAACGAAUUUUCGAACUUUCCAGUCAACAUAUUGACGAAAGCACAACAUCUGCCAUUCCUGGUUAUCGCGCCGGUGCCAAUACUAAUUACAGCGUCUCGGCGUCCGCUACUACUGAACACUAUCAACGAUCUCCCAUCUCAUCAAUAUUGGGAGGGCCAUUUCCUCCACUGGACUUGGUUUACAGCCUUCUAGAAGAAUAUUUUGAUGCCAUACAUUGGUUCUCAUUAGCUAUCUACGAGCCAAAGUUCCGCAAGAUGCUCAAUUCUAUCGCAGAUGGGUCUGCUAAUCCUUCCGACAAGCCCUGGCUGUUGCUCUUAUCAGUCAUGCUCGCAAUGGCGACGUGGUAUCGAUCUCAGCGGACUGGCACGGAUUUGGCCGAUACUGGAGAAGAAUGGCGAACCUUGAGUGCAGGGUUGCUGAAAAUAGUCGAAUCAAAUCUCGUGGAGAUAAUGGAUCGACCAUCUAUCACAGCAAUUCAGACCUGUGUUCUUCUUGGGUCUCACUACGUCUACCACGGUCGCCCAAACCUUUCGUUUUCACUGUUAGGGACCACCAUCAAAAUGUCCCAAUCACUGGGGUUCCAUCGACAGUCCACCACAGGGACCCCCGAGGAUAUAGAGGAAAGAAAAAGAAUUUGGUGGACCAUUUAUACAUGGGACAGAUUUGCUUCAAUCACAUACGGGCGGCCUUUAGGGAUCAGUGAUAAGGAUUGCAAUGUUGAGAUGCCGGCCGAUACCCCAGAAAAUCCCAAUUUCGUCACGCCGACAGCUGAGCCGAGUAGCUUCAUCGCAUAUUCUCCUUAUCAACGGGAACUCAAUAAGCUAUACUUGAUAGCAUCCCCGGCCCUGGAGAUUGUCUUCGGCUCCCGGACGACUGGCUCCGAUAAUCUAACAGGAGAUGCCUAUUAUGAGCUAGCGAAAGAAGCAACGCAACGCCUUCAGAGAUGGUCGAGUCAACUACCAAGUCAUCUUUCCUUGGACCUGGGGCAAGACUUGUCUCCUCAUGGAGACCUCAAAUACAAAGCCCAUGCAUUACAAUCCUUGGCGUUACAAUUAACCUACGAUAAUGUUCUUAUUGUUCUGCAUCGACCACUACUCAACCGACAGGGAGGCUCAGCUUUUCAGGGGGACAGCCCUAUCGAUCAUUCCAGUGCAGGCCCUGCAAUGACCCAACCGAGUUGGAAUUUCGAUGGGAUGAACCCCAAAUCUCAGGAUGACAGCUCACGACUGUGGAUGGAUGCAGCAGUGAGAACAUCCCGGGUGACAGAACUACCCGUUCUCGCUCAGCUUGCCACGGACAGCCAUCUAGUUGCAUUUCUCGCCAUCAAUCUUUUCAAUGCUGCAAUUGUUCUCGCAGUGAUGGCCCUUUCAGAGCCACUUUCCGACAUGGCACAGGACAUCAAGCGAACAAUUACUCGAAUUUUGCGUCUACAGGAUCUACUUGGGAAACGCUCUGCGUUGUCCAAGCAAAGUACUCUCGUCUUGAGAAAUGUUGUCAUCUUACUUUUGCACCGAGAAUCGGCCACAAUUUUUGCACCUAUUUCCGGCGCGAAUAGACAACCUCGCGCCCAGUCUCAACCAGACUCAAUUUAUCAUGAAACGAUGUCCGUCGAAGACACACUUCGCCUGCCUCUUAACCCAACCCUGGACUCCCGCCAUCAAAAUCUAGGAGAUCAAACAUGGCUACCCCCAAGUAGAGCCGAUCGGCUUAAUGAAAGCUUAACAUCGGUCCAAUAUGUCUUCGGCAGCAACGAAAUUGCUUCGAAUUUGGUCUUAGGCACGGAUGCUCCUGUGCAGGGAACCUUCGCUGAUGAAGGUAUCCAACCAAGAGGCAACUGGAAUCCAUCCUCAGGCUAUGACUGGAAUGCUUCAGGUAUUGUUGAAGAUGACUUGCGGCAGAGUACUUAUGACGCCAUCGAUGGCGGGCUGUGCUGGCUGUGGGAUACGACAUGGAAUGGAUUUGAACGACAAUGA